CCCGCUCUCAUACUUACAUAUCUUGAUAAGACAACUUCAUAUUAUUGGCUACUCCAUAUUAUUGUUUACUCCAUAAAGUUUUCAAAUAACGCAGCUUCAAUGUAUUUCUAUUUUUCAAUCUGUUAUCUAAGAAAUGAACUUGAUAUUUGUGUAAUCUCUAAUUUAUCAGCUAUGUAAAUUAAACAAAAGUGAACAUUUAUGUAUAUAUGUACAUGUCACUUAUACAUGUAACAUAAUUUUGUAAGAAUCGAUUGUAUUUGUUCAAUUUGUAUUAAUGUAUAUUUUCCGAUAAAACUAAGUUGUUAAAUAUUCAUAACAGAUUGACUUGUCUUUAAUAAUCUCAUGAAAUUAAUGAUGACUUGAUCUCGGAAACUUCCAGUUCCACGAUAAUCUUAGGAAACUCAGGAAGUGUAACAUACGAAUUUAUUUUUAUUUUUUGCUACUGAUCUGCUAUUAAAAUUAAAAAAAAAUAUGUUUAAUACUAUUUUAUACAUUUUCAAUAUAUGUUAACAACAAUAAUUAUUUCCGAACGAAAUUAUUUGAUGAGAAAUGCAAAUGCAAAUACCUUUAAUUCAAGAUGAAAAAACAAAUUCAUCUUGGUCCAGUGGAUUUUAGGAAAGAGAGGCGAAAAUGGUUUUUAUCAUUAUUGUGUGGUACUUGUCUCAUAUAUGCUACAAGAACAUCUGUUCCUUUAUUAAUGCCAAUUAUAAGUAAAGAGAAACAAUGGUCUAAACCUGACUCUGGAGUAAUAUUGUCUAGCUUUUUUUGGGGUUAUACAUUAACUCAAGUUGCCAGUGGUUAUAUUAGUGAUAGAAUUGGUGGACAAAAAAUAUUAUUGAUUUCUGCUCUUGGAUGGUCUAUGACAACAUUUUUUAUGCCAGGAGUCAUAGAACUUGUUUCAAAAAGUGAUAGCUCUGUAUUAUUAGUAGCAACAGUAAGAAUGAUAAAUGGUGCAUUUCAAGGAAUGCAUUUUCCCAGUAUGAUUAGUUUAAUAAGCCAACGAAUGCAUGAAACAGAAAGAGCCUCAUUCUUUAGUUUAUUAACGUCAGGAUCUGCCCUUGGUACAUUGCUUACUGGAUCUUUAGGUUCUUAUUUGUUGGAAAAUUAUAACUGGGUAAUAGUGUUUCAAACAUUAGGAGGCAUGAGCUUGGCAUGGACAUUGCUAUUAAGUUACCAUACUCUACCUAUUAAGGAAAAAACAGCUUCUACUAAAUCAGCAACUAACUACACUUUGCCUUGGUUGAAGCUUUUAAAAAAGCCUCCAUUCUGGUCAUGUGUAAUAGGUCAUGCUUGUCAAAAUAACUGUUUCUUUGUACUGUUAUCCUGGAUGCCAAUGUAUUUUCAUGAUACAUUUCCAGAAGUAAAGGGUUGGGUUGUAAACAUGGUGCCGUGGCUAUCUAUGCUGCCUUGUACAUUUUUUGGUAAAGCUCUUUCUGAAAAAAUAAUAAAAGCAGGAUAUUCCAUUACAGUGACACGUAAAAUAAUUGAAACAAUAUGUUUUUUAACGGAAAUUAUAAGUUUAUUAUUUUUAGCAAAAGUAGAAACUUUUCAAAGUGCAAUAAUUUGUCUUGCAUUUAUAAUUGGUGGAUCAGGUUUUCAUAAUAACGCAAUUGCAGUAAAUCCUUCAGAUCUUGCACCAAAACAUUCUGGAAGUGUAUUUGGAUUAAUGAAUACUGUUGGUGCCAUACCUGGAUUUCUCGGGGUGUACUUUUCUGGAUAUAUAUUACAUGUAACUCGCAGCUGGCCUGUUGUAUUUAUAUUUAUUGCUAUAAUAGAUGCUUUAGGAUGUAUAAUAUAUUUGUUAUUUGGUUCUGGUCAAGCAAUUAUAUAAA